AUGAAAAAUCCAUCGAAAGAUCUGAUGAGGUAUCGAAUUGGUGAUUCAGUUGAGGUUCAUAGCAAAGAAGAAGGCUUCGUGGGUUCUUUCUACGCAGCAAAAGUUGUGGAUGUGUCAAAGAAUAAUCAUGUAUUGGUAGAAUACAAGACCCUUUUAACUGAUGAUGAAUCAAAAUGGCUGAGAGAGAUGGUUCAUGUGAGUGAAGUCAGGCCUCGUCCUCCUCAACUUCAGGUUUCUAAGUUCAAUCUGUGGGACAUAGUAGAUGCUUAUGACAAUGAAGGUUGGUGGGUUGGAAGGAUCAGUAGCAUAGCUGAGUCCAAGUAUUACGCAUGCUUCGAUGGCGGCUAUAGGAAAGGAUUAAUAGAUGAUGAUGGUGAUGAGAUUCCUGAUCAGAAACGGAGGAGAUUGAUAGAUGAGUCCAAGUAUUAUGUGUACUUCUCAAGCACUCCAGAUGCGAUUGCCUACCCCUUUUCUCGGCUUAGACUUCAUCAGGAAUGGAAGAAUGGGAACUGGGUUGUUCCUUCCGGUUCCAGUUCCUUCUUGCCCUGA